AUGGCAAUGGUCAUUCAGCCCCGUGCCCUGGUGCCUGCGGCGGCUAGCUCUGUCAACGAAGAGACUGGGCAGGGCGAUCUUGCGGCCUGGGUGGAUGGAGGGCGGGCGAGAGUGGCGAACACAGGGCUCAAGGACAAGAAUCGGUUGGCAGAUGAUGUUGCACAUCGUGAGCUGGGGCUACCCCAGAUGGACAUCCUGGGAGGGACUCGAGGAUGGUUGAACAGGGCGAGCUACGGGAGUUUGAUUGGCCGCGAGGCAUUGUUGCCCAAAGAUAGAUGA